AACCCUCCAAAAGAGGGUGGAAUGGGGGUGGGCGAUGAGGAAAUAAUCCCUCCCGGUCACUGCCCGAGGGCAGUCCGGAGGCCAGCAGCGCCUGCGCGGGCGCUGUCCUUCCUCGGGUCGAGGAUGCGCGCGCAGCGCUUUCCGCCUCCCGGAAGUUUACGCGGGACAACUAAGAAGGACUCUUCUAAGAUGGAGUUUCCAGCCCAGGGAAUCUGAAGGCCAGACUGUGACCCCAUUAAGCAUGAUCACUUUCUGUCCAAACUGUGGCAAAAAUAUCGAAGCGACAUUCAAAUUCUGCCCCUACUGUGGGAAACCUUUGCCUGUGGAGGAGCAUGAAGGGUGCCAGACCUCUGUCAGUCCGCUUACGUCAUCCUUCCGAGGCUCAAAGAGAAAGAGGAACACCAGUUCUGAAAGCUCUUCCAAGAAAGUGAGAUGGUCUAGCACUGUCACCUCUUCCUCGUCAUCCGUCUUCUCUGAUGGUGACAGUUCUGGGUCUGAAGAUACCUUGAGACCCUGCGAGAGACCCAAAGGGUCCUGGAGCAGACCCCCAACCCCCAAAAGCAGCCCACAGGCGACCAGGCAAAGCCCUCAGACCCUGAAGCGGAGCCGGGUGACAACCUCGCUUGAGGCUUUGCCCACAGGGACGGUGGUGACAGACAAGAAUGGGCGAUACUGGAAACUGGGAUCCCUCCAGACCAGGGACAGCCAGGGCAUUCUCUAUAAAGCUGAGCCUGUCUCCACCUUCACCUGCAAGUCAAGUCCCCAGAAACAAAGAUUCUCGCUUAAACUAGAUGCCAAGGACGGGCGCUUGUUCAUUGAGCAGAACUUCUUCCAGCGGGCGGCCAAGCCUUUGCAAGUGCACAAGUGGAAGAAGCUGAACUCGACCCCCCUCCUGGCCAUCCCCACCUGUGUCGGUUUUGGCAUUCACCAGGACAGGUACAGGUUCUUGGUGUUUCCCACCCUGGGGAGGAGCCUUCAGUCGGUGCUGGAUGACAACCCAAAGCAUAUAAUGUCGGUGAGGUCUGUGUUCCAGAUGGCCUGCCGGCUGCUGGAUGCCCUGGAGUUCCUCCAUGAGAAUGAGUACGUCCAUGGAAAUGUGACAGCUGAGAACAUCUUUGUUAAUCCAGAGGACCUGAGCCAGGUGAUGCUGGGAGGCUAUGGUUUCACCUUCCGCUAUGCCCCCGGUGGCAAACACGUGGCCAAUGUGGAAGGCAGCAGGAGCCCACAUGAGGGGGACCUUGAGUUCAUUAGCCUUGACCUGCACAAGGGAUGUGGGCCCUUCCGCCGCAGCGACCUCCAGACCCUGGGCUACUGUUUGCUGAAGUGGCUGUACGGGAUCCUGCCAUGGACAAACUGCCUUCCCAACACCGAAAAGAUCAUGAAGCUGAAACAGAAGUGA